AUGGCUCGCCAGUAUUCGCGAACCAACCCGCUUGGGUUCACCCCGUGGCCCGUCACCAUCAUCACCGCCCUCGUGUACCUCGCGCUGGUGAUCCCCUUACUUGUCGUCCAGCACGUCGUGCCGUCGGCGCCGGGCUCCGAUCCAGCUGGUCUGAACCUCACCGAGGCAUGGGCCGAUCUCCAGGUCCUCACGAACGGAUUCCACCCGUACAACUCGCACCGCAACGAUGACGUCCACAAGUGGCUUCUGCAGCGAGUCCACGAGAUCAUCGACUCGGCACCCGCGCGCAGCACCGACUCGGCGCACCCGCCAGCCGUCUUCGUCUUCGACGACGACCAGUCCAACCUGACCUUCUCCGGCCGCGGCAACGAACUCGGCGUCUACUUCGAGAGCACCAACAUCCUCGUGUACAUCCGGGGCACGGAGGACGACGAGACACAGUGGUGGGCGGACCCGCAGGGCCAGCCGGCGAGCAAGGGCGGCGUGCUCGUCAACGCGCACUACGACAGCGUCUCGACGGGCUACGGCGCCACCGACGACGGCAUGGGCGUCGUCUCGUGCCUGCAGCUGCUGCGAUACUUCACGACGCCCGGCCAUGCGCCGCGCCGCGGGCUCGUCGUGCUCCUCAACAACGGCGAGGAGGACUUCCUGAACGGCGCCCGCGUCUACAGCCAGCAUCCGCUCUCGCGGCUGCCGCAUACCUUUGUCAACCUGGAGGGCGCGGGCGCGGGCGGGCGCGCCUCGCUGUUUCGCAGCUCCGAUACCGAGGUCACGAGGCCGUAUGCGCGCGCGCCGCAUCCCUUCGGCUCCGUCCUGAGUGCGAAUGGCUUUGAGGCCGGGUUGAUUAGCAGUCAGACGGAUUAUGUGGUGCUGGAGGGGGAUUUGGGCCUGCGCGGGCUGGAUAUUGCGUUCAUCGAGCCCCGGGCGCGGUACCAUACGGACCAGGACGAUGCGCGGCACACGAGCGUGGACUCGCUGUGGCAUAUGCUCUCGGCCGCGGUGGCUACGACCGAGGGUCUGGUGGACGACGCGAGCGACCAGUUUGACGGGGCGCCGCGCGAGGACGGCAAGGUUGCGAGCGGGUCCGGGUCGAAGGCCGUGUGGUUUGAUCUGUUUGGCAGCACGCUGGCCGUGUUCGAGCUGCACACGCUGUUUGCGCUGUCGGUGACGCUGCUGAUCGUGGCGCCGCUCGUGUUGCUGGCGACGAGCAUCGCGCUGGUUCGCGCGGACAGGAUGUAUCUGUUCCGGUCGACGGCGAGAGUGCCGGGCAGCGAUGACUUCGACGAAGGGGUGUCGCUGCAGGGCGUCCGGGGCUUUUUCCGGUUUCCGUUCCUGCUCGUGAUCCCGACCGGGGUCGCCGUGGGCCUGGCGUAUCUCGUCACAAAGAUCAAUCCGUAUAUCAUCCACAGCAGCGAGUAUGCGGUGUGGAGCAUGAUGAUCUCCGCGUGGGUGUUUCUUGCGUGGUUCGUCUCGCGUGUGGCCGACUUUGCGCGGCCCUCGGCCUUCCACCGUGUGUACGUCCUCACGUGGAUGUUCGUUGCUGAGUGGGUGUUGCUGGUGAUUGCGACGGUCUACGAGAACCGGUAUGGUCUGGCGGGAGGGUACUUUGUCUUCUUUGCGCUCUCGGGCACGUUUCUGGCGACGUGGAUCAGCUAUCUGGAGUUGUUUGCCCUGCCGCGCAAGUCCGAGUAUGCCAGGCAGAUCGCGCCGCCGUCACGGUACGCCAGCAACCACGGCAGUCGGCUGGGCACGUCCUCGGGCGAGCACGGCAUGGAUGACGCGGAGGACGAGGAGGACGACGACGGCGACGACGAAGACGAGGCCCGUAACGUGGAGGAGGAGCCGACGGAGUCGACCUCUCUGCUGCGCGGACGCGGACAGCGCACCACCUUUGCCAACUACGUCCGGGUGACGGGGGAUUACCUCCACGGGGCGGGCGACGACGAACCGCGCGAGACCCAUGUGUACGGACGGGAACAGGCGUGGAGCGCCGGCCUGCCCAAGUGGACGUGGGUGCUGCAGUUCCUGCUCAGCGCGCCCAUCGUGCUCAUCCUGGUCGGCCCGCUUGCGCUGCUGCUUACGGCGGCUCUGCGCCAGACGGCGCAGGACGGCAGCUCGCCCCUCUUCGUCUACAUUGCCAUCGCCGUGCUCACCACGCUGCUCGUUACGCCCCUCCUCCCCUUCAUCCACCGGUACACGCACCACAUCCCUCUCUUCCUCCUGCUGGUCUUCACCGGCACGCUCAUCUACAACCUCGUCGCGUUCCCCUUCUCGCCCUCCAACCGCCUCAAGCUCUUCUUCCUCCAGGAAGUCGACCUCGACACGGGCGUCAACCGCGCGUUCCUGAGCGGCGCCCACCCGUUCGUCUACGAGGUCGCGCGCUCCCUCCCCAGCGCCGCCGGCCAGAACGUCAGCUGCGACCUCAGCGCGGCGCGGCCCAAAUGCUCCUGGUACGGCAUCCCGCCGCAGGUCCAGGCCACCGCCACCCCGGACACGGCCGACUGGGUCUCCUUCAACAUCACCCGAUCGGCGGACCAGCCGACACGCGCCCGCUUCAGCGUCGCCGGCCAGAACACGCGCGCCUGCCGGCUCGUCUUCGACGACCCCGUCCGCAGCUUCGCCGUGCUCGACUCGGCGUACGACCCGCGCUUCCCGCAUCUCUCGCCGCAGGGCACGCAGGAGAUCCGCCUCUGGAGCCGCGAAUGGGGUCAUACGUGGACGGUGGACGUGGAGUGGACUGUCCCCGCGGUGGACGGCGAGAGCCGUGGGGUGAGUGGCCGCGUCGUGUGUCUGUGGAGCGACGGCAACGCGCCAGGGGUGAUCCCGGCGCUGGAUGAGGUGCGGCGGUAUAGUCCAGUGUGGACUGCUGUGAGUAAGUUAUCCGAUGGAUUGGUGGAGGGGAGUCGACGGUUUGAAGUCUGA